AACACAGCUAGGAGUUCACUCAGACUAACCUUGGACUUAGGAAGAGAAGGAAGAGGGAAACACCUAGACAGUGUUGGAAGACUGACAGACAGCCAUGGGAGUUCAGGAGCCAGGCUCUAGUGAGUUCUACGUGGAUAGGAAUGUUCUGAACGAGAUUUCCCUGGACGAGGUUGCAAGAAAACGGACUUUUUCCAUCAAACCUCCCCUGAAGGAGCGGGUGAAAGAUUCACUCAGGUGUUCAGUGCCCAAGCUGAAGCGUUCUGUGCUGGGUUUUCUGCCUGUACUGUCUUGGCUGCCCCGCUACUCACUGAGAGACAACGCCCUGGGAGACCUCACCUCUGGCAUCAGUGUCGGCAUCAUGCACCUGCCUAUGGGUUUGGCCUAUUCUCUCCUCGCUGGUACACCCCCAGUGUAUGGCCUCUACACCUCCUUCUACCCAGUACUAGUCUACAUCAUCUUCGGAACAUCCAAACACAUCUCAAUGGGCACGUUUGCUGUGACCAGUCUCAUGGUUGGCACUGUAACACAAACAUUGGCCCCAAACAGCAACUACAUGACACUAAAUGGAACCAACGGGACUGCAGUUCUAGAUAGCACAGCCCUUUAUAAUGAUAGAGUACAGAUAGCAUCCAGCCUCACUGUGCUGUGUGGGAUCUUUCAGUUUGCCAUGGGCCUUUUGCAGGUAGGUUUCAUUGCAACGUACCUGUCGGAUCCCCUGGUACGUGGCUACACUACAGGAGCAGGUAUACAAGUGGUCCUCUCCCAACUCUCAAGCACCUUUGGGAUCAGCACUUCGCUCUACACAGGACCGCUGUCUCAGGUCUAUCUCUUGAUAGACGUCUGUAGACAUCUGCCAAUGACUAACAUUGGGGCUGUGGUGAUCACUCUGGUGUCCUUGGUGGUCCUCAUAACCGUCAAAGAACUCAACACUUGUUAUGCAAAGAAGCUGCCUGCACCAAUUCCAAUAGAACUCAUAGUGAUCAUAGUAGGUACAAUAAUCUCUUACUACGCCAACCUGAAUGGCCUAUACAAGGUGGCCGUGGUCGGACAGAUCCCCAGAGGAUUACUGGCACCACGUAAUCCUGACAUCAGUCUGUGGGGCUCGGUGGCUGGGAGUGCCUUUGCUCUGGCCAUAGUCGGCUAUGCCAUUAGCAUCUCGUUGGGCAAAACUUUUGGCCUUAAACAUGGCUACAAGGUGGACAGCAACCAGGAGCUGAUUGCCUUGGGGGCCUGUAACCUUGUAGGAGGAUUCUUUCAAUGCCAUUUUGUCACGCCAGCUCUGUCCCGUAGCCUCCUCCAGGAAACCACCGGAGGCAAGACCCAGAUGGUCGGUCUGGUGUCUUCUGUGUUCAUGCUGAUCAUCAUUCUGGAAAUUGGGACCCUUUUUCAGCAGCUACCCAAGGCAGUCCUGGCUUGCAUAGUUUAUGUGAACCUGAAAGGCAUUUUUGUGCAGUUCUGGGACAUUCCUGCACUCUGGAAGAGCAACAAGGUUGACCUGAUGGUGUGGUUGGUAACGCUGGUGUGUACUAUACUGCUGAACCUGGAUAUGGGUCUGGCUGUAGCUGUUGCCUUCUCUAUAAUUACUGUCAUCGUCAGAUCACAACUGCCAAAUUAUUACAUCCUUGGGCGGGUUCCUGGGACUGAGAUCUAUCUGGAUAUAGAUGCAUAUGAGGAGGUAAAAGAGAUACCAGGUGUCAUUAUCUUCCGUUCGUCCACCACAAUGUACUAUACCAACGCUGAGCUAUACCUGGAUGCACUGCAAAAGAAGUCUGGAAUUGAUACUGGGAAGUUAAUCACCCAAAAGAAGAAAAGGGAGGCUGAAGAAAAAAGACAAGCCAAGACAGAAGAAAAUAAAGCCAAAAAGGAAGCCAAGAAACUGAAGCGUUUAAAUGGACAUCUACCCAAUGGAACAGUCCACCCAGAGGAUGACAUCGAUUUACAGAAGGCUUCCCAAGAUCUGAAAGGGAACCAACUGUCCAUUAUCCUAACUGACAGAGCCAACAAUGGGCAGGUGAACUGGGCCUUUGAAAAAAGCUCUGAGGCUGGCUUUCCUGGUGAUGAUCUAAAAACCCAGAAGUCUAGUACCAACGGAGACGGAGAGAUGGGCUCCAGUCACAAUAAACACACCCUCAUCCUGGAUUUGUCCACAGCCAGCUUUGUGGACACAGUUACCCUAAAGACGCUGAGAAACAUUUUCAAAGACUUUAAAGAGAUUGGCAUUGCCACCUAUUUAACUGGAUGCCAAGUCUGUGUGGUGGAGCAGUUAUCCAUUGCAGGUUUCUUCUGUGAGUCAAUCCCUAAAAGCUGCCUGUUUGCUACGGUCCACGAUGCGGUGUUACACAGCCUCCGGGUGCACGGGGACAAAGACAUAAUCCUCUACGAUUAUGCUCUGGACACAGUUAACACUAAGAUGUAACCGACAGAGGACACACUGUUAUCCCUGACCACUCCAGUGUCCUACUCCUCGUCUUCCCCCUUCCAUCGCGGUUCAAUCAACUCUGUGGUUUCAUGUUGGUUCAGAACAACAAGCACCUCCCCAACAUGACAGUCGGUUUCCAUGGAGAUGCUGCAACAGGCUUUUUCUUAUAUUUUGUAAUGAGGUUACCCGCAGGAGUCUAUUUUUGUAGUCAUGGGGGAAUUAAAGGUGACUGUAAGGAGAAAACUGAGUAACUGUGUAAGAGACGUGGGCUCGUUGAGCUACUGUGUUUGUUUGUGUGUAUGUUUAUGUGUUUGUUCGUGUUUUUUUUAACGUGGAUGUUCACUCAUUGUGUCCCAUGAGGCCAUAUUUUCACUGUUUCUGUGCUUGUAGGUGAUCCCCCUAAACUUAAGCUUUGUCACAGGUUAGUUGUCACAGUAGCAUGUUACCAUUCGUAGUGCUUCAGAGCACUCCUAACCAACUCAUAUGAUAUUUUCUAUCCUGUGAAUAAUGUCUGGGAAAGUGAUAUCCUCUCCACAAUUCAGUGCCAAAAUUAUAUCAACAUCAUUUUCUUCCGCUUAUCCGGGGCCAGGUCGCAGGGGCACCAGACUUCCCUCUCCCCAGACACUUCCUCCAGC